AUCAAUAACCCUAGACACCAUCUCUGUGUCUCUCUCCCCAUCAGUCUCCUCCAUUUCCACGCCAUGGCUGUCGACAACAAGCUUCCUUUACAGUCCAGCAACAAUGCCAACAUGCCGGCGAAACCAGCCGGGAAAACCAUCGAAGAAACCUACCAGAAGAAGUCUCAGCUGGAGCAUAUACUCCUUCGACCCGAUACCUACAUCGGCUCCAUCGAGAAGCACACUCAAGCACUCUGGGUUUUCGAGAACAAUGAGAUGGUUCACCGAUCCGUGUCCUAUGUUCCGGGUCUUUACAAGAUCUUCGACGAGAUACUGGUGAAUGCGGCGGACAAUAAGCAAAGAGACCCGUCGAUGGACUCAGUGAAGGUGGUGAUCGACGUGGAGAAGAACUGCAUCAGUGUGUACAACAAUGGGGAUGGUGUGCCGGUGGAGAUUCACCAGGAGGAGGGGGUGUAUGUGCCAGAGAUGAUUUUUGGGCACUUGUUGACUAGUAGUAAUUACGAUGAUGCGGUGAAGAAGACGACCGGUGGGCGGAAUGGGUACGGGGCGAAGCUCACGAAUAUUUUUUCAACGGAGUUUGUGAUCGAGACCGCAGAUGGGAAGCGCCAGAAGAAGUAUAAGCAGGUAUUCUCAAACAACAUGGGAAAGAAAUCUGAGCCAGUUAUAACAAAGUGCAAGGAGAGAGAAAAUUGGACCAAGGUUUCAUUCAAACCUGACUUGGCCAAGUUCAACAUGGCCCAUCUUGAAGAUGAUGUAGUUGCCUUAAUGAAAAAGCGUGUGGUUGACAUAGCGGGAUGCCUCGGUAAGACAGUGAAGGUUGAGCUAAAUGGACAGCGAAUCCCUGUGAAAUCAUUCAGUGACUAUGUUAAUCUCUAUCUGCAGUCUGCUGCCAAAUCUAGGCCAGAUUCUCUCCCGAGGAUUGCAGAAAAAGUAAAUGAGAGGUGGGAGAUUUGUGUGAGUCUGAGCGAAGGGCAGUUUCAACAGGUCAGCUUCGUAAAUAGUAUCGCCACGAUCAAGGGUGGGACUCAUGUUGAUUACGUUACCAACCAGAUUGCAAACUUUGUAAUGAGUAUUGUCAAUAAGAAGAACAAGAAUGCCAACAUCAAAGCUCACACAGUGAAAAAUCACUUGUGGGUUUUUGUCAAUGCUCUUAUUGACAACCCUGCUUUUGAUUCUCAAACUAAAGAAACAUUGACGAUUCGCCAAAGUAGUUUCGGGUCUAAAUGUGAGCUCUCACAAGAGUUCUUGAAGAAAGUAUCCAAGUCUGGUGUGGUGGAAAGUCUACUCUCAUGGGCAGAUUAUAAGCAGAACAAAGAUCUCAAGAAAACUGAUGGAACAAAAAGACAGAGGCUUACUGGGAUUACCAAGCUAGAGGAUGCUAAUGAUGCUGGAGGGAGGAACUCCGAGAAAUGCACCUUGAUUUUGACAGAAGGAGACUCAGCUAAGGCUCUUGCAAUGGCUGGAAUUUCUGUUGUGGGCAGAAACCACUAUGGCGUGUUCCCAUUGAGAGGUAAAUUGCUUAAUGUGAGGGAUGCUCAAAAGAAGCAGAUUUUAGAGAAUGCAGAAAUUCAGAACAUCAAGCAGAUUCUUGGACUACAGCAAGGGAAGGAGUAUGACAGUAUCAAGUCAUUAAGAUAUGGUCAUUUGAUGAUAAUGACUGAUCAGGAUCAUGAUGGCUCUCACAUCAAAGGACUAUUGAUAAAUUUCAUUCAUUCAUUCUGGCCUUCACUGCUAAAAAUUCCAUCUUUCUUAGUUGAGUUCAUAACACCUAUUGUGAAGGCAACUCAUAGAAAUGGAAGGGUAUUAUCCUUUUAUUCAAUGCCAGAGUAUGAAUCAUGGAAGGAAAGCUUGGGGGGAAAUGCAAGUGGUUGGUCAAUCAAGUACUAUAAGGGGUUGGGAACCAGCACUUCAAAGGAAGGGAAAGAGUACUUCAAGGAUCUUGGGAAGCACAAAAAAGAUUUCAUGUGGGUUGAUGAGAAGGACGGAGAUGCAAUUGAACUUGCUUUCAGUAAGAAGAAGAUAGAAGAAAGGAAGAAUUGGCUUCGGCAGUUUCAGCCUGGAACCUACCUUGAUCAGAAGGAGAAACUCAUAAAGUACAGUGACUUUGUCAACAAGGAGCUUAUAUUGUUUUCUAUGGCAGAUCUUCAGAGGUCUAUUCCUUCAAUGGUUGAUGGCCUAAAACCAGGUCAAAGGAAGAUUCUUUUUUGCUCUUUCAAGCGUAACUUCAUUAAAGAAGCAAAAAUUGCACAGUUUUCUGGUUAUGUCUCUGAGCAUUCUGCUUACCAUCAUGGUGAGCAGAGUCUUGCCAGCACCAUUAUUGGCAUGGCACAGGACUUUGUGGGCAGCAACAACAUAAACCUUCUUCUACCAAAUGGUCAAUUUGGAACUCGUCAUCAGGGAGGAAAAGAUCAUGCAAGUGCAAGGUACAUAUACACUCGACUUUCUCCAAUCACGCGGUUCCUGUUCCCAAAAGAUGAUGAUAUCCUACUAGACUACUUAAAUGAAGAUGGACAAUCCAUAGAACCUACUUGGUAUGUCCCAACUAUUCCAAUGGUUCUAGUCAAUGGAAGUGAAGGCAUUGGGACCGGGUGGAGCUCUUCCAUCCCAAAUUAUAACCCAAGAGAUAUUAUUGCGAAUGUGAGACGCUUGCUGAAUGGUGAGAUGAUGGAGCCUAUGGAUCCAUGGUACAGAGGAUUCAGGGGAACUAUUGAGAAAACGGACCCAACAAAGCAAGAAUCAGUUGGCUACACUGUUAAAGGAAUAAUAGAAGAAGUUAAUGAGACAACGCUCAGGAUUUCAGAGUUGCCCGUCAGGAAAUGGACUCAGGAUUACAAGGAAUUUCUGGAGUCCAUUAUGACAGGGAAUGAUAAAAUCAAGGAUCCUUUCAUCAAGGAUUACAAAGAGCACAAUGAUGACACAACAGUACACUUUGAAGUUAUAAUGUCUGAAGAGAACUUGCUCAUGGCCAAACAGGAGGGUUUGCUGCAGAAAUUCAAGCUCACCACUAAAAUCUCCACAAGUAACAUGCACCUGUUUGACUCAAAUGGCACAAUCAAGAAAUAUGAAACCCCUGAACAGAUUCUGGAGGAGUUCUUUCAUUUGAGACUUGAAUUUUAUGAGAAAAGAAAGAGAGUUCUAUUGGACAAUCUUGAACUGGAGCUGUUGAAACUGGAAAACAAAGUCAGGUUUAUACUUGGGGUUGUGAGAGGAGAGAUCAUUGUCAGCAACAGAAAAAGAGCUGAUCUUUUCCACGAGUUGCAUCAGAAAGGUUUCACUCCCUUCCCAAAGAAAUCCAAGUCUGUCGAAAUUGCUGUUGCUGGGGCAACUGAUGAUACAGAAGAAGCUGAAGAAAACACGGAUGCAGUCAGCAAAGGAGGAGUAAGGGCUACUGAUUAUGAGUACCUACUGUCAAUGGCAAUUGGAACCUUGACACUUGAGAAGGUUCAGGAGCUCUGUGCUGACAGGGAUAAGCUAAACAAAGGAGUUGAUGAUUUGAAAAAGGCAACUCCAAAGGCUUUAUGGAUAACAGAUCUUGAUGCCCUUGAGAGGGAACUUGAUGAGCAAGACAAAAAUGACGUCCGUGCAGAGGAGACCAGGAAGCAGUUGAAAAGCAGGGUAAUGAGUGAAGCUGGUAUGAAGGUUUCUAGACAGGCACCAAAGAACCCCCGAAAGAACAAUAAGAAGGCCAACAAUGCUGAACCUGCUGCUGAAACCAUGGAUGUGUCAGCUAGCUCUGCAAUGGAAAUGGAGAGUGUUCCUGAGGUGGUGAAGCCAAAGGGCAGGGCAGCUCCAAGGAAGGCCCCAGCCAAAAAGAAGGAAAUGCCCACUUCAGUUCUGAAGGAUGAGGAUGAUGAUGAAGUACAUGAGUUGAAGGAACGACUUGCUGCUUAUAACCUUGAGUCUUCUCCUGAUGGAUCUGCAGCUAUGGAAGCUGAAGUUCCACAAGUGCCAGCAGCUAGGAAGAAAGAACCCAGCAGAAGGGCUGCAGCACAGAAAAAGCCCUUGGCCUCUUUCACAGAAAUUUCUGAUGAUGAUGAUGAAGAUGACGAAGAUUUUGAGGUAGAAGAAGUAUCUGCCUCGGACGUAAAAAAGAAGGGAGGCAGAAAACCAGCUGCAAAUGCCAAGGCAGCAGCUGCUGCUGCUGCUUCUGCAAAGAACAAGAGAGGAGCAGCCAACAAGCAGCAGCCCCAGCUACUGGGGCAGACACUGCUAACUGAAAUCUUCAAACCGGCAGAAACCUUGGGAAUCUCUCCAGAGAAGAAGGUGAGGAAGAUGAGGGCAUCACCAUUUAACAAGAAAAGUGGAUCUGUGCUGGGCAGUACUGGGGAAGAAGACGAGACAGCUGAAACUGAAGAAAAUUCGGGCUCUGCUUCUACUUCAAACAGCUCAGGAGGGGAAUCAAAUGAAGUUGUGAUGCCAGCAAGGACCAGACCACAGAGGGUAAACCGUGUGCAGACAAGGUAUGUGGUGAGCGACUCUGAGAGUGACCAACCAACCGAUGAUUCAGACUUCGAUGGAGAAGAUGACUAGAUAUAUAGUACAGUAACUGAAAACUGAAAUUUGAAUCGGGAAUUUGGCUUGUUUCCCACUUGAGUUGUAAUUGUAGUUGUUGAUUAUUGGAACCCUAACUGAGUUUAGAUCAAUGUUUGUACUUUGAUCCUAAUUCUCCAAAUUCACCUCUCACAA